AAAAAAAAAUCGUUAGCGACUAGAUUCCCUAGUCCCUACUCCUACUUGGUCUUAGAGUUGUCGUUUCCAGUUUCUAAAAAUAAGAAAUAAAGAACUGUAUGAUACAUGAUUUGCAAAAGAAUUGGAAAGCAAACUUUGACUGUAUUACUCCAGCAACUAUGCCUUUGUCUGACUUUCCUCACUUUUUAUACUAACUGUGACUCGACGAUUUUUAGUAUGCGAUGAUGAUGAGAGUACAACACACCGGCACCAAUUAAUUAUUCAGCUUCAGUCCUCCAUUCCAAACCAUCGAUGGCCAUAUCCGGGGAGGUUUCCUCAGAAUUGGAAGCUCCUCUGGUUGCUGACACAGAUAAUACCGUGAACGGCGCCGUUGACUACAAGGGACGACCUUCCAUCAGAUCCAAAUCUGGCUCGUGGAGAUCUGCUCGCUUUAUCAUAGGUGUGGAAGUGGCAGAGAGGGUGGCGUUCUAUGGAAUUGAGGCGAACCUGAUAUCGUAUCUUACGGGCCCGCUGAAGCAGAGCACGGCGGCCGCAGCCGAAAAUGUCAACAUAUGGUCGGGAGCAUCCUCCCUGCUUCCCCUCUUUGGAGCAUUCAUCGCCGAUUCCUACCUUGGACGUUACCGCACUAUCAUUCUCGCCUCCAUCAUCUAUAUUUUGGGGCUAGGAUUGUUAACACUAUCAGCGUUGCUUCCUUCUCUCAUCAAUUCGGAGUGCCAGGUUGGCAGCAAAUUGGGAUCAUGCUCUACGGAAUCUCAAGUAAUCUUGUUCUUCAUCUCACUUUAUCUGGUGGCCAUUGGGCAAGGUGGACAUAAGCCCUGUGUUCAGGCAUUCGGAGCAGACCAAUUUGAUGAACAGCAUCCGAAGGAGCUCAAAGAUAGAAGCACAUUCUUUAACUGGUGGUAUUUCACAAUGUGUGCAGGUUGCAUGGGAACUCUCUGGAUUUUGAACUAUAUACAGGACAACCUUAGUUGGGUCGUUGGAUUUGGAAUCCCUUGUGCUGUGAUGAUCAUUGCAUUGCUUGUUUUCUAUCUGGGAACAUGGACCUACAGGUUUAACAUCAAGGGCCAUGGCAAGAGCCCCUUUGUCAGAAUUGGUCGUGUCUUUAUUACAGCCGCAAGAAAUCGCCAAGCAACAGCCAUCCAAGAGGAAACUGGGGGAACACUCCCUCCAAAAAGUUCCCAACAGUUCAACUUCCUCAACAAAGCAUUAAUAGCACCAGACUGUUCCACCAAAGAAGGGGAGGUCACAUGUAGUGUCGUGGAGGUGGAAGAAGCAAAGGCGGUACUAAGGCUGGUUCCUAUUUGGGCAACAACUCUGCCGUUUGCUAUUGUGUUUGCUCAAUCCCCUACCUUCUUCACGAAGCAAGGAUUUACACUGGACCGCAACAUAUUUCCAGGCUUUGACAUACCUGCAGCUUCUCUGCAAACCCUUAUCACACUUGCCAUUAUUGUCAUCAGUCCCAUCUAUGACCGCAUAUUUGUGCCAAUAGCAAGAGGAAUCACUGGGCGACCCUCCGGCAUCACAAUGCUGCAAAGAAUUGGGAUUGGGAUUUUUAUAUCGAUAUUUACUGUCAUAAUUGCGGCCCUUGUUGAGAUGAAAAGACUGCAAACAGCACAAGAGUUUGGACUUGUUGAUGAACCGGAUGUAACCAUUCCCAUGAGCAUGUGGUGGUUGAUUCCCCAGUACUUCUUGCUUGGAGCUGCACAAGUCUUCACCAUGGUUGGUCUGCAGGAAUUUUUCUAUGAUCAGGUCCCGAACGAACUGCGAAGCAUGGGACUUGCUCUGUACUUGAGCAUCUUUGGUGUGGGAAGCUUUCUAAGUAGCUUUCUGAUUUCAGUUAUCGAAGAAGUGACAGGCAGAGAUGGACAUGAAAGUUGGUUUGCUAAUAAUCUGAAUAAGGCGCAUCUUGAUUACUUCUACUGGCUACUUGCUGCCCUUAGUGUCAUCGGAUUCAGUCUCUUCAUUUGCUUUGCAAAAUCCUACAUUUAUAAUCACAAAGGAAUUUCUCGAGGAUAACCCACUUCAUAUAUAUUUUGUCGUUCUGCAAGGAUUAAUGCUUAUUUCUGCUACUCAGGCAACCAAGGUUUACCCAACCCCUAUGCCACGAACUAUAAAUUUUACCAAAGUUAGCAAGAGGAGGGUGAGAAUAGACCCACACUUGAAGCUUAAGUGAGAUUUACAGGAGACUUCAUCAUUAAAUUGUAUGUUCAACUGCACAAACCAUAGCCAUGUAAAAGCAAAUUGCAAUUAGAUUAAAUUUCAUGAAGAUCAUAUAUAUUAACAAAUGAAAAAUUAUUGUAGUUGAGAAUAUUAUUGUUUGAUGCGUCUUGAA